UGGUCGCUGCUGCUGCCCUUCUGAUACCCGCCGUUCGCUUCCUGAGGCGGCGGCUCUCUCUCAGCCCGGUCGCCGACGCCUCCAGUGACCGGCGGCGAGAGCCGGGCCCUGCAGGCACCGGGCUCUGGCCUGCAGCGGUGAGCUGGGCCCCGCCGGACCGAGCCGGGCCCCGCGGCGGGACGCCCUGUCAGCGCCCGGCGGGGUGGCGAGCUUCCGCAGCCGGGCCGGGGAGGAGCGGCCGGCCUGGGCCACGAAGGCGCCGCGCUGAGAGCCGCCCUCCCGCCGCCUCACAGGCCGCCUGCCCGGGGACAGGAUGACCCCGACGCAGUGGGACUUCCCGGUGGAGCUGUGCUGCCGGCCCAUGGCGUUUGUCACCCUCACCGGCCUGGACGUAGUGUACAACGCCGUGCACCGGGCUGUGUGGGACGCCUUCUGCGCAAACCGCAGGGCCGACCGCGUCCCCAUCUCCUUCAAAGUGCUCCCCGGCGACCACGAGUAUCCCAAGUGCAGGACGAAGAGGACAUCCUAUGAAUGGUAUAUUCCAAAAGGAAUCCUGAAGACUGGUUGGAUGAACAAACACCUAAAUUUGGUUCCGGCACUUGUUGUGGUGUUCUAUGAAUUAGACUGGGAUGAGCCACAAUGGAAAGAAAAACAGUCAGAAUGUGCUACUCGAGUUGAAAUUGUCAGGCAAAGUUUGCAGGGAAGAAAUACGAAAGUUGCUGUGGUUCUGAUUCAGAAAAAAACACCAUUACCUCCAGGGGAAGAUGUUAUUGCAUCAGAGAGGGCAGCAGCUUUAUGCAACGCUUGUGACCUUUCUGGAAAAUCCCUCUUUGUACUUCCACACACUGAUCACCUUGUUGGUUAUAUUAUAAGGUUGGAAAACGCUUUCUAUGAGCAUGCACAAACUUACUAUUACACAGAAAUACGAAGAGUUAAAUCUCAUAAGGAGUUCUUGAACAAAACUACUCAUCAGCUUUUAUUUGUUAGACACCAGUUCAAAAUAGCAUUCUUCAGUGAGCUGAAACAGGACACGCAGAAUGCUCUCAAAAAUUACAGAACUGCCUAUAAUCUUGUGCAUGAAUUGAGGGCUCAUGAAACAAACAUGCUGGAAAUCAAGACCAUGGCAGGAUUUAUAAACUACAAGAUAUGUCGCCUCUGUUUUCAGCAUAAUACUCCACUGGAUGCAAUUGCUCAGUUCAGGAAACAUAUUGACUUGUGCAAGAAGAAAAUAGGAAGUGCAGAACUGGCUUUUGAGCAUGCUGCCUGGAUGUCUAAACAGUUUCAAGCUUUUGGUGACUUAUUUGAUGAAGCGAUUAAGCUGGGAUUGACAGCAAUUCAAACUCAGAAUCCAGGUUUCUAUUACCAGCAGGCAGCCUAUUAUGCACAGGAACGGAAACAACUAGCAAGUAUGCUUUGUAACCAUGAUUCCUCUGUGAUAUAUCCCAAUCCGGAUCCCUUGGAAACGCAAACCGGUGUGCUUGACUUCUAUGGGCAAAGACCAUGGCGGCAGGGAAUAUUAAGCUUUGAUCUUUCUGAUCCUGAAAAGGAGAAGAUGGGGAUUUUAUCCCUGCAGUUGAAAGAGAAAAAUGUCCUUCACUCUGAGCUAAUAAUCACUUUGUUGAGUAAUGCUGUCGCGCAGUUCAAGAAAUACAAAUGUCCAAGAAUGAAAAGUCAUUUGAUGGUUCAAAUGGGAGAAGAAUAUUACUACGCUAAAGAUUAUGCCAAAGCUUUGAAGCUCUUGGAUUAUGUUAUGUGUGAAUAUCGCAGCGAAGGAUGGUGGACUCUUCUCACCUCCAUACUGACGACAGCUCUCAAAUGUUCAUAUCUGAUGGCCCAGCUAAAAGAUUAUAUAACAUACUCUUUAGAGCUACUGGGUAGAGCAUCUACUCUCAAAGAAGAUCAGAAAUCUCGAAUAGAAAAAAAUCUAAUAAAAGUUCUAAUGAAUGAAAGCCCUGAUCCUGAACCUGAUUGUGAUGCUGCUGCUGUGAAAGCAUCACAAAAAUUGUGGGCUGACCGUGUUUCCUUGGCAGGUAGUAAUGUUUUUACAAUAGAAGUCCAAGAUUUUAUACCAUUUGUGCAGUGCAAAGCAAAAUUUCUUGCUCCUAGUUUUCAUGUUGAUGUUCCUGUGCAGUUUGAUGUAUACUUCAGAGCUGAUUGUCCUCAUCCUAUCAGGUUUUCAAAGAUCUGCAUCAGUUUCAAUAAUCAGGAUUACAACCAGUACUGUGUGGUAGAAGAAGCCUAUCAAAAAAGUGAUAUUCUAGAACAGUCAUCACAAGGAACGAUGUGCUUAGUCCCUGGCAAAACGAGAAAGUUCACUUUCAAAUUUGUUGCAAAAACUGAAGAUGUAGGAAAGAAGAUUGAGAUCACCUCUGUGGAUUUGAUCCUGGGAAGUGAAUCUGGCCGAUGUGUGAUUCUGAACUGGCAUGGAGGAGGUGGAGAUGCUGCUUCAUCCCAGGAAGCAUUGCAGGCAGCACGCUCCUUCAGGCGAAGACCUAAGCUUCCAGAUAACGAAGUACACUGGGACAGUUUGACUAUUCAGGCAAGCACUAUGAUUAUUUCUAGAGUGCCAAACAUUUCUGUUCAGCUCCGUCAUGAACCUCCUGCCCUGACCAAUGAAAUGUAUUGUUUGAUUGUGACAGUCCAGUCACAUGAGGACACAGUGGCCAAAGAUGUUAAACUUACAGCAGGUUUAAAGCCAGGGCAAGAUGCCAACCUGACUCAGAAAACUCAGGUGACUCUUCAUGGAACAGAUACAUGUGAUGACUCCUUUCCUGCACUGCUUCCUGAUAUCCCUGUAGGAGACUUGCAACCAGGGGAAAAGCUGGAAAAACCAAUAUACAUUCGUUGUGGAACAGUUGGUGCAAGAAUGUUUCUGGUUUACGUUUCUUACUUAAUCAACACAGUUGUUGAGGGGAAAGAAAUCCUCUGCAGGUGUCAUCGGGAUGAAACUGUAACCAUAGAAACAGUAUUUCCUUUUGAUGUUGCUGUCAAAUUUGUCUCCACAAAGUUGGAGCACUUGGACAGAGUAUUUGCAGAUAUACCGUUUUUACUGAUGACAGACAUCCUGAGUGCCUCUCCUUGGCCUCUCACUAUUGUAACCAGCCAGCUACAGCUGUCCGCUUCCAUGACCCCAGUAGAUCAACUGGAAUCUUAUGUGGAGAAUGUUGUUUUACAGACAGGUGAGAGUGCCAGCGAGUGCUUUUGCCUUCGAUGUCCUCCAGUUACUAAUGCUAGUGGAGUGGCAACUGGAUGUUACGUAAUUUCCUGGAAAAGAAGUUCACCUGUGGAAAGUGUACCUGUUGUUAGUACAGUCAUCACUCUACCACAUGUGAUUGUAGAGAGCAUUCCUCUCCAUGUUAAUGCAGAUCUGCCAUCAUACGGUCGAGUCCGAGAAUCCCUACCUGUCAGAUAUCACCUGCAAAAUAAGACCAACUUAGUCCAGGAUGUGGAGGUGUCAGUGGAACCCAGUGAUGCCUUCAUGUUCUCUGGCCUUAAACAGAUCCGAUUAAGAAUUCUUCCUGGCACACAGCAGGAAAUGUUAUAUAACUUCUAUCCUCUGAUGGCUGGAUAUCAGCAGUUACCAUCUCUUCAUGUUAACUUGCUACGAUUCCCAAACUUCACUAAUCAGUUGCUCAGACGAUUCAUACCAACACACAUUUUUGUAAAGCCUCAGGGUCGUCAAGCAGAUGAUAACUCGAUUGCAGCUGCGUAACUUCAAGACCUGUACCUCUGCACUUAAAGAAAAUGGGAUGUUGCACAGAAUAUAUAAAGCUCACUUUGGAAACGUGGCUUUGAUCAAACCAUAAGAAUUAAGUUUUAUUUUUAAACUACAACUCUUAGCAGAACUAAUGUGUUAAAAAACCUAGUCUCUCAGACUUUCUUUAAGGAAUAAACAUGUGGAAGGAACUUGGUGCUUUAUUUAACAGGAACGUUCUUUUGAAGUUAACUUUGAAUGUCAAACUCUUAAAAGUAUUAUUAAGGCAUAUUAAAUGUCUUGAGUAUUUAAGUGAAGAAAUGCUAAUUCAUUUGACCAAAACUGAAAGACAUUUUCAUAAUUAACAGUAAGUUGACACACAAAGUUUGUGCUUCCUAUUACUGAGACUUACAACUUUGAAAAUGAUCAUCCUUUACAGAAGUUUGCUCUGUGCCACUUGUGUUGAGGGCAGAGCUGGGUGUGCAGUAGCACAGUGAACUACAGAUGGUUACAUUGUACUGUUGGAUUAAAACCAUAAAUCUCUAAAAGGCAUUAUUUCUCCUGGGUAAGCCAUACAUUCGAAUUGGAAUUCAGCAACAGCUAGUCCAGUGAACAGAGAGAUUCAUUUGUUAACAGUUGGACUAUCCAACCUGAAGCUGAUAUGAUUUUGCAUUAUUUUUACAUGCACAGCUUCCAGAUUAAAGAUGUAUCUUAGUAGUCUCCUGCUGUGUGAAUUUAAAAAAUGGGCAUCCUACUGUUGUACAGCUCUGGAUGAACUGGUGUUUAAAAUACAGUAAAUCGUGUAUAUAAAAAAAAAAAAGCAUUGUGAAAACUUCAGUAUAACUUUCUAAAUAAUUACAUUUUGAUUGCUUGGGAAUACCUUAUUUAUUGUGAAAGUGAAGUUCUAAUAAACAGCUUGUAACAGAGUA